AUGCGUGGCUCAAUAGGCACUUCUAUGACCAAUGAGCAGCAGUCCUUUGAAAAUGGUGCGGUGCGGCGCGACCUCCCUUCGAGCACUGUGUGGGAAGGUCUUGAUCAAGCUCUUCGGAGCGAUAGUUGGAAGUUUGACUCAAUAGAGCAAAUCGACGUCUCUAACGUUACCCUUAAUAAGCGAGACUUUGAUCCUUCGCUUAUCCAUCGCACUAUUGCCCGAAAUGUGGCAGUUGACGACCAGAGCAAUACUUCUGAUCUCGCAUUCAAAUUUUUCGAUAACGGUGACUUGAAUUUACACUUUGCCGGUGACUUUGGACAUCUUUCUUCCGGCACCGACCAGAGCCCGACUCUACAGCGACGCUUCGACGGUGCCGGGUUCAAGAUCGCAGCUACGACACGUGUCCGUUCGAAGUUGACCCGAGAUCACCAGAGAAGUAUGGCCUACCAUAUUGCCUGUGAUUGGGCAAGUGAUUCAUACAGAAUGUCGACGUCUGAUUAUAUCGGACUGGUAAAGACCGAUCACACUGCCAACUUCUACUUCCGUAUCAUUCCUGAGAUCAAGGGUUUCGGUCUCAACUACGAGAGCGUCAAUAUCUGCGGCCAGCUAGCACCAUUCCUGUAA